AUGUUCGAAGCCGUAGCCGAAGCGGCGGAUUCCCAUCCCCACCAUGAGCAACAAGAGAAGCCCGAGCACCAUGCAGCGGGGAGUGCGAAGUCGAGUGAUGGACAGCAACCUUCGCCAUCUCUCGACCUCAAGAGGACGGCGAGCAAUGUCCUCAGCAAAGUCGCCUCGCGCAUGACGACGAGGAGCAUCGUCAACCCCCCUCCACCACCUGAUGGGGGACUCAAAGCCUGGACGCAAGUCGCCAUGGGCUGGUUGGUGAUCUGCACGACCUGGGGCUGGAUCAACUCAUACGGAGCCUUUCAGUCGUACUACAACCUCACGCUCGACGAGUCCGCCUCGACGAUCUCCUGGAUCGGAUCCGUGCAGAACUUCCUCACGUUCUUCUGUGGUGCUUUCUCGGGUCGACUGCUGGAUGCGGGACUCUUCGUCCCUGCGUUGCUGGUAGGGGCGUUUCUGCAGGUGUUGGGCAUCUUCAUGAUGAGUCUGAGCACCAAGUACUGGCAGCUCAUGAUCACGCAGGGCAUCAUGACGGGCAUCGGCGGGGGAUUGUUCUUCACGCCUGCGAUGGGACUCAUGGGGACGUACUUCUCCAGCAAACGGGCUCUGGCUAUUGGGAUCGCCACGUCCGGCAACUCGGCGGGUGGAAUGAUCUAUCCUGUCAUUGUCCAGCAGCUUCUCCCUAAGAUCGGAUUCGCCUGGACGGCAAGGGUCCUGGGCUUCUUCAACCUCGCGUGUCUGUGUCUCGUCUUUGCGUUCAUGAGGCCGAGACUCCCGCCGCGCAAGUCGGGUCCCCUGGUGGAUUUCUCGGCGUUCAAGGAACCUGUUUAUUCCCUCUAUGUCGCGGGAUUGUUCUUCGGGAUCUGGCCGAUAUACUACACCUUCUACUACCUCUCCUCCUACGGCUCCUCCACCCUCUCCCUCCCCUUCUCCACCUCCCUAACCCUCACAAUAAUAAUCAACGGCGUCGGAGCCCCGGCCCGCAUAAUCCCGCCCUUUUUCGCCGACCGCCACGGCCAGCUCAACACCCUCGUCCCCAUCCUCGCCUCCCUAACCCUCAUCUCCUUCACCUGGCUCGCCGUCCACACAACGCCCGGCCUCUACACCUUCACCGUCUUCUACGGCAUCGGGUCCGCGGCCUUCCAGUGCCUCCUCCCGUCCACCGUCGCGAGCAUCACGCCGGAGAUGAAUCAGUUCGGGACGAGGUUGGGGAUGGCGUUUGGGAGUUUGAGUUUUGCGGCAUUGACGGGGCCGAGUUUGGGGGGUGCGUUGCAGGGGGUUAUGGGCGGUAGGUGGGUCGGGGCGCAGUGUUGGGCGGCCGGGAGUAUGGCUGUUUGUUGUGGGUUUGUGGCGGCGGCGAGGUGGAGGAAGGUGGGGUUCGCGAGGGUUAAGGCUUGA